UGGCGGCGCCAGGAGAGAGACAUGGCUGGAGAGAAACACAUGAGCUUGCUCGCCCAGGCAGCUACGCUCCUUCUCUUUUUCGCUUCUGUCUUCGGAUCCACCGGCCCUGGGAGCAGGGAAAAUCUGGGGGCAUCGCGGAUCCCUUCCCAGUUCAGCGAGGAGGAGCGCGUCGCUAUCAAAGAGGCGCUGAAAGGUGCCAUCCAGAUUCCCACAGUGUCUUUCAGCUACGAGAAAUCCAACACCACAGCCCUUGCUGAGUUUGGAGAAUACAUCCGCAAAGCCUUUCCUACAGUGUUCCGAAGCAGCCUUGUCCAACAUGAAGUCGUGGCACAGUAUAGCCACCUGUUCACCGUCCAAGGCUCAGACCCCAGUUUGCAGCCCUACAUGCUGAUGGCUCACAUCGAUGUGGUUCCUGUCUCUGAAGAAGGAUGGGAGGUGCCCCCGUUCUCAGGCCUGGAGCGCAAUGGCUUCAUCCACGGCCGGGGUGCGCUGGACAACAAAAACUCUGUGAUGGCAAUCCUACACGCUUUGGAGCUCCUGUUGAUCAGAAACUACAGCCCCAAAAGAUCUUUCUUCAUUGCUCUGGGCCAUGAUGAGGAGGUGUCUGGGACAAAGGGGGCUCAGAAGAUCUCAGCACUCUUACAGGCAAGGGGUGUCCAGCUAGCCUUCCUCGUGGAUGAAGGGAGCUUCAUAUUGGAAGACUUCAUUCCGAACCUCAAGAAGCCGGUUGCUAUGAUUUCAGUCACUGAGAAGGGUUCCCUUAACCUCAUGCUGCAAGUGAACAUGACUCCAGGCCACUCUUCAGCUCCCCCAAAGGAGACAAGCAUUGGUAUCCUGUCUGCCGCCAUCAGCCGACUGGAGCAGACACCACUGCCAAACAUGUUUGGAAACGGGCCAUUGAAGAAGACACUGAAGCUACUGGCAAAUGAGUUUUCCUUCCCUGCCAAUAUAGUCUUGGGGAACCUGUGGCUAUUUCGUCCCAUUGUGAGCAGGCUAAUGGAGAGGAAUCCUAUAACAAAUGCGCUCGUCAGAACUACCACAGCCCUCACCAUGUUCAACGCAGGCAUCAAGGAGAAUGUCAUCCCGCCAUUGGCUCAGGCUACAAUCAACUUCCGAAUUCACCCUUCGCAGACGGUCCAGGAGGUCCUAGAACUUGUCAAGAAAAUCGUGGCUGAUGACCGAGUCCAGUUGCGAGUGUUGAGAUCCUUUGAGCCCCUGCCCGUCAGCCCCUCCGAUGACCAAGCCAUGGGCUACCAGCUGCUUCAACAGACCAUACAAUCUGUCUUCCCGGAAGUCAAUAUCAUCGUCCCUGGCAUUUGUAUUGCCAAUACAGAUACCCGACACUAUGCCAGCAUCACCAAUGGCAUGUACCGGUUCAACCCCAUUUUCCUGCAGCCUCAGGAUUUCAGAAGUAUCCAUGGAAUCAAUGAGAAAAUUUCUGUUCAGAACUACCAGAACCAAGUGAAGUUCAUCUUUGAGUUCAUCCAAAAUGCAGACACCUACAGCCAGCCAGCCCCUCAUCUGCAUGAACUAUGAGGCAAGGAUCCGGCUGGGUGAGGGGUGCCCAGUGCUAGGCCAGGACUAACCUAAGGAGAGAGAGCUGGUGUUAAUGAAAGGUUUGGUGGAAACCUUCCUGUAGCCCAGAGUCCACCUGCCUGGCUCCCUCCUCCACUCAUCAGGGAGUGACGUCAGGAGGAAGGGAGAUGAACCAAAUCUGGCCAUGUCCUCCUGACAUCCGCGUUCUUCCUCUGAGCCGCGUCUACUGCCUUCUGGUGUGCCCUGCCUUUUGGCCUGUGCCAUACUGGUUACUAACUAUUCCACUCUCCCAGUCUGUCAUGACAAAUACAGAUUUUGGAAAACCCUCAAGCAGGUUUUAAUAUAGACAAGAGUGUUGACUUCAGGUACUUGAGCUGGACUGUCUUCUAGAAUUUCCUUUCUCCUGUCUUCUCUCCGACGCGGGAGCUGCCCCUUGGCCUCUCUCUUCCUGCCUCUGCUUCCUCCCUCCAGCCUCCAGUUCAUUCCACAUCUGGAGUUAAGACUCAAACUGAGAUGCUCCUGUGAUCACAGUCAGAUAAAGGGGUCUGUGUAGUGAACGUCCAAUGGUCUCUGACAGGUGAGCUUGAGGUGGAGACUUUGAGAGAGAACCCCAGGGGUGUGGGCUCUUGGGAUUUUGUUCCCCUUCCCUGCCCUGUUCCUGCCACCUGCUGUUGCGGGCCCCACCCCAGGAAGCACUAAUCUGAGGAAGCAUUUCCCUGGCAUAGUGUGAGGGGAACACUGGAGAGCCUGCUUCUCAGCAGCGGCGUUCACAACCAGCAGCGCCCUGGCCCUGGUAUGUCCCGUUUCAGAAUGACCAAGGGGGAAGUGGAGGACAAGGAAGGGGGUGACUAGAGUAGGGGCUCUUCCCGGGGCAAGAGAAGCAAGGGGAGGCAGCCACUAUUAGAGUAGAGCAGAGCUCCUGUCUUCUCUCUGGACUUCAAACCUAGGCAUAUUUGAGUGUGCCAGGAGCGGCCAGGUGGGGGGCACUGGAAAGCAGCAUUUCUUGGCUCGAGGCCAGCAUCUCUGCUUUGUGGAUCACAUGGGAGCCGAGGUCACAAAGGGAGACAGACACAGAAGUGGAGCUUGAAAGGUUCCCUCUUUUCCCUUUUCCAGACUAGGACCUCCUGUGUCUCCCAGGGGUUUGAUAGUUCUAGGUUUGCUUGCCCCCUCCUCAGAGAUUCACGUCUCCCUCACUCCCAAGUCCUCUCCUUCCUCCCAGGUUAUGAACUUGAAGCACUGGCUUAAUUGUUAGCAUUAAAAACAGUGUGGGGAUUAUUCAAGCUUUUUAGCUACUCCUGCUAAGAUUCACAUUCCUCCCCUCACUCUCCCUUUUUGGCCAAUUCAGUACUUAUUCAGCCUCUGUUGGAGGGCAAGCUGGAGAACAAAAAAAAUAACCAUUUGCUUUUGCGCAGAGCCCUAAGAGAUUUUUUUUUUUUUUUUUU